GUCUAUAUGUGUGUUUGAGGUCAGGUCAAGUCAUGGUAGUUACAUGAGCUACUGGAAUAACAUUGGCUCAUGGGGUCUGCUCUAUGGCGAAAACGGGAGGGGUUAAACGUUCAAGGGGAGGUCUUUACGCUCUUCCUUGUCCGCUAACGAUCGAAUCAUUUUUGCAUUCAUAUUUAUUAUUUUCUGUUCUUACUUUAUUUUGGAAGCAGUUGGAAUGCGCUUCAAGUGGCUUUCGUUUUACAACCUCAAUGGCUGCCACUUCAGCGCCCCUUGAGCCUAAAGCCCGCCUGGUUUGUUUUUCCUCUCGCUUUGGAUUUCGAGAAAGGAAAGUGUUAUGGAAAUAUUUUGGCAACAUUAUGUUGCUACUACCAGAAACUUCAUAGCAUACGCAACCGAUUGCCUGAGAAAACACGGCUUUGUUUUUCACCUGAAAUAGAUGAUUUUGAGAUCACAUUCAAAAGGGAAUUAUGGCCGAAGGAAAUCGAACCGAAGUGUUUGUUUACGAGCAGGUUGUUAUUUUGAUAUCCUGUGCCCUCUCUUUCUUGGGAUCUCUGUUGAUUAUAAUAACUUACAUUAUUUGGGCAGAUUUGAGAACUACUCCAAGAAAACUGCUGGUGUUCAUGUCCGUCGCUGACCUAUUGUCUGCCAUCUCGUACUCUUUCGGAGUUUGGAAGAUUUUUGACGAAGACUCCUUGGAUUGUAUCGUGCAAGGAGCAAUCUCUACAUUUGCCAACACAAGUUCUUUUUUCUGGACAGUUGCCAUCGCGAUUUACCUCUACAUUUUCAUCGUGAGGUCCAGUCAGAGAGUGGCCGAUAGUCUGGUGCUGUAUUUUCAUUUGGUCAGCUGGGGAGUGCCUUUGGGUAUCACCGUGGCUGCCCUCUGCCUACACAAGAUUGGCUACGAUGCCUCGGAGGUGUCUGUGGGCUGGUGCUGGGUCAGCAUCAAAGCAGAGGACCAUGUGCUGUGGAUGCUUCUGACGGGCAAGAUCUGGGAGUUGCUGGCUUACGUCAUGCUACCGGUGCUCUACCUCCUGAUCAAGCAUCACAUCCACCGAGCUCAUGCAGCUCUCUCAGAAUAUCGACCCAUCCUGGCCAGCAGCCCCAUGUCUAACUCGGUGACAUCCAUGGCGGAUCGCAAGCUGACCCUCAUCCCCAUCAUCUUCAUCUUCCUGCGCAUCUGGAGCACCGUGCGCUUCAUUCUCAUGCUGGUCGACUCCCCGGCACGGCAGAAUCCCGUCCUGGUCACCUUACAUGGCGUCGGAAACACUUUCCAGGGAGCUGCCAACUGCAUCAUGUUUGUGCUGUGCACCCAGCCCGUGAGAGUCCGACUAGCCAACUUCCUCUGCUGCAGAGGCCAGGCCAGGGCGCGAGGUGCAGAGUCCCAGCGCAAUGACGGCCCCGACACCCCCUCACACGCAGAGGACAACGGCACCCACCGGUGGUUGGACAAGGACUGAGACAGACAGCAGGAAAUGGGGUGUAUUGACUUGGUAGCUCUCCGCAACAAUACAAAGAAGAGAGAGAGGGAGGGAGAGAGAGAAAGAGAGAGAGAGAGAUGAACUAAAUAAACAGGGAGACAGAGGGAGAGGGAAGGGUGGAAUCGACUCUUAUCCGUAAGCCCCCAUACCCAACUCCCUCUGCUCCCCACAUUCAUCUCGGCAAGUGCCUUUAAGGAUUAAUGGAUAGACUGCACUCACACAAAGGUCGGGACACAAAUGCACUUUACAUUAUGAGGGUAGUGGAGCACUUUUGUAUGGCUCUGUUUUGAUAUAACGAACAAACAAGGUGUCUCUCUCUGGGUCUUUUUAACUUGACACGUAUCCCGUGGGUUUUUCUGUACUGCUUCAGCCUUAAAUGGAGGCCUCUUCCUCUUUCCUCUUAGCUCGAGCAGGGCGGAUAGGGAGUGGGUUUUUCUGUGACCAAUGUGGUUCUAGUACUGUACACAGUCGGCAUACAAGAUGAUGAUCUUGUAGAGUUUGACAGUAGUCUAUGCAAACAAUGUGUAAAUGAAACUGAUUUGAGUUUUCAUUUGCUGCCCUGAGAACACAAAUCAGUCAUGUGAUGUAUCAUACUAAAUAUGGUCUGUAGAAAAGUGUGGCCAUAUUAUUUAUGCAUGUCUUGAGGGUCUUAGUAGUUGUUUACAUAAAUACCAUCAUGUGGUUUAGUCAGUCAUGUCAUGUGUUACAUUUCUAUUCAUACACAGUGUCUAAUUUAGAUACAACUUCCACUAAUCUUUGCUCAGAUGUGGCACCAUCCUUGUUUGACUCGUGAGAGCAGUGGAAAAAUGAGCCUUUGUCAGAUGUUCUGUACUAUGCUCUGAUUGCAGUUGUGUGUAUACACACACACGCACACACACACACACACACACACACACACACACACACACACAUACAUACAUGUGUACACCGGCGUAAUAGAAUAUGACUUCAAAUAAAGCAGUCUAUUAUUCCAUACAUGUAAAAA